AUGGCUACUGCUUCAGUAUCAACUCCUGUAAAGACCCAUCAUGGGAUCUUUUCCUCCAAGACCGCUGGAGGCCGGAUGCCUCUGACUCCUUCUCCCCAUGCCCGGAGAGCCAGCAUGGCCUCCAACCACUCUUCUCCCUUCACUCCUGGUCGCGAGACUGCGGAGACAACUAGGGAGAACACUCGAUCCGUCUACGGCGGAAACCUUUCAUCAUACUUUGCCAAGUCUAGUAUCUCUAAGCAGCCUCGGGGUGCCUACCGUGAAUCUCCCAAGUCCAACAUUGCCCGCACUCGCAAAUCGCCCAGACAUUUGGAGCUGGGGGUGUCUGACUGGACUCUGAGUGGUACUGGUCCCUCAUCGACUCAGUCUCCUUCCAAGGAGCGGGUGCGAAAAGAAAUCUCGACCCGGACACGGUCUGGAAAGACCACCGUCCGCAUUGCACACAACGCCGGUGACAGAUUCAUUCCCAACCGCACUGCCAGUGAAGGACUGGCAACAGCUGGAACUGCGAAGCCCGAAGAGAGCCAACGGCCGAAAACUAGCGGAAACGAGGGUUCUUCCGUUCUCGCAAGUGCGGCCAGUGCCUUCGAUAUCGGUGGCCGCGGAACAGACGAUGACAUCACCGCUGCUUUGGAGAACCUUGGCUUGGAAGAUAACAACGACUCUUCCUCUACAUCUUCCUCUUCUUCCAGCUCCUAUUCUCGACCAGCACCCGAUGCAGUUGCUUAUGAAUCCUCAUUGGCCGAUGCUUGUGGUGUGAAUCUCAACACCCGCAUCCUUGCUUUCAAGCCGCCGCCCCCAGAGUCGUCGAAGCCUAUCGACUUGCGUGCUCAAUACAACCGUCCUCUCCGCCCUGGAAAGUCCAAGUCUGCCCAGUUCCGGAGACGUGUUCAGACAGCUCCUGAGCGAGUGCUGGACGCCCCUGGUCUUCUCGACGACUACUACCUCAACCUCCUGGAUUGGAGUUCAGGAAACCAAGUUGCAAUUGGCCUUGAGCGCAAUGUCUACGUGUGGUCUGCUGAUUCAGGAUCGGUGAGCAGUCUCCUGGAGACUCCUGCUGACACCUACGUGAGCAGUGUCAAGUGGAGUGGUGACGGUGCCUACGUUGGUGUUGGUCUGGGCACCGGUGAGGUCCAGAUCUGGGAUGUCGAGGAAGGUACCAAGCUCCGCAGUAUGUACGGUCAUGACUCUCGUGUUGGUGUUAUGAGCUGGUCGAAGCACACUCUGUCCACUGGCGCCCGUAGCGGCCUCGUCUUCAACCACGAUGUUCGCAUUGCCCAGCACAAGGUGGCCGAACUCGUUUCGCACACGUCUGAAGUUUGUGGUCUCGAGUGGAGGUCCGAUGGUGCUCAGCUCGCAACUGGCGGCAACGACAACUUGGUCAACAUCUGGGACGCCCGUUCCCUUAGUGCCCCCAAGUUCACCAAGACCAACCACCGUGCUGCCGUCAAAGCUCUUAGCUGGUGCCCCUGGCAGUUAAACCUACUGGCCACCGGUGGUGGUUCUUACGACCGACACAUCCACUUCUGGAACACCACUACUGGUGCCCGGACUAACAGCAUCGACACUGGUUCCCAGGUGACCAGCUUGAGAUGGAGCAACCACUACCGCGAGAUUGUCAGUUCCAGCGGCUUCCCCGACAACUCCCUCUCCAUCUGGAGCUACCCAACCCUGGUGCGCAACGUUGAGAUCCCCGCUCACGAGACCCGUGUUUUGCACAGCAGCUUGAGCCCUGACGGCCAGCUCCUGGCUACCGCGGCAGCUGACGAGAGCUUGAAGUUCUGGAAGGUGUUUGAGCGCAAGCCUGGCACCACCGCUUCAGCCUCUCGCGAAGGUGGUGUUGGUAGCAAAGCCCAGAUGACCAAGUCGAUGACCAUCCGAUAA